AUUCUCAUCACCGAUUCAUCACUGCAAAACACUAUAUAUGAAAAUACCUAUCCUCUGCCGAGCCCUUGUGACGAAUCUUCAUCUCCGACUAACGCAUCAUGUCUGAACGAAAAGUUCUCUCCAAAUACUACCCUCCGGACUUCGAUCCGAGCCAGAUCAAGAGAGUCAAGGGGCCUAAAACCGCCGGUCCAAAGGUCCAGACUGUCCGUCUAGCAGCUCCAUUCUCGAUGAAAUGCACAACAUGUGGAGAGUAUAUCUACAAGGGCAGAAAGUUCAACGCGCGGAAGGAGACACCAGUGGAUGAGAAGUAUCUCGGUAUCCAGAUCUUCAGAUUCUACAUCCGCUGUACAAGAUGUAGUGGACAAAUCACAUUCAAGACGGAUCCUAAGAACCAAGACUACGCCUGCGAAAGCGGCGCAAAGCGCAGCACAGAACCAUGGCGCGUUGGCCGUGAUGAGACAGACGAAGAGCGUCUCGAUCGACUAGAGAAGGAAGAGGAGGAGCGCAACGCGAUGGUAGAGCUCGAGGCCAAAACCGUAGAUGCCAAGCGCGAGAUGGCCGUCGCAGACGCCCUCGACGAGAUCCGCACGCGAAACGCGAGGCUGGAGCGCGCUAACCACGAUGGCGUGGAAGUAAGCGUUGCGAUGCCAGCUGAUGACGAGGCAGAGCGCCAAGAAAGAGAGGAUGCGGAGGCUGCGAGAAAGGCUUUCGAGUUCGCGCGACAGGUGGAGAGUCUUACGGAAGAUGUCAUCGAUGAGGAGAUGGAGGAUACGGGCGCGGCUUCGAGUUCGAGUUCGGCGGGUACACCCGCGUCAGGCACGCCUAAGCCGGAAUUGGUGAAGCCUGCGCCUGCGGCGGCGAGUGCGACGGCUGCGGAUAUGCCGCCCCCGUCGUUCAAGCGCGUUGUUAAGAGGAAGAAGGAUCACAGUGCUCUCCUCGGGAUCAAGAAGAAGCCGUCUCUUGUGUAGGCUGAUUGAAAUUCGGGUUAGCCACGACUGCGAUUACUGGGAUUCAUAGCAUAGCAGGCGGUAUUGGGUUGGCGUUCUAUCAUUGCAUACGGUUGGUGUUUUCACCAAUUAAUUGAGAUACAUUCGAGUAGUACACUAAGUUCCCUAGACCCCUAGAUCCCCCUUAAAUUUGAUUGGUCGCGGUCGCGAUAGGUGUACCAUCUACAGGGGACAUAAUCCAGAUCUUGCUCAUAAUAAUCUCGAUAUAUUUAAUGUACCCCAGUCGUA